GAAUGAUCAAUGCCAUUGUUGAAGACAAGCGACGCUACGUAUUCACAUAAUGGCGUUAGAAGGAAGAUGACUUUUGUGAAGUGUCUCCAUUAAGUAUUAAAUUGCCAUUUUUUAAAGAUAUUUUAAACAUCGACUUGAGUUAAUGGUAGUUUUUUAACGUUCAAUGAAUGGUGAAAUAUAUUUGAAGAAAAAAAGGAAUUAAAGUGAGCAUUUAUUUUGUAAUAGUUUCUGGACUUACACAAUAUACGAAAGCAGCAAUAAGCGAAAAUGGACGCGAACCUCAGUCCGGAAGAUGUCCAAAACAUGGACAUGAAAUCGGUCGUAGCAUUAGCUAAAGAAAUGGACAUAGAUAUUACUGGCGAUCGAACUAAGGACAAGAUUGUUAACAAGAUUAUUGACAUAAUCCUGAAACGAAAGCCUGAUCCUGACCCUUUGUGCAGACCCGAUGGUCCUUCGCUAAUGAAGGCUAGCGAUGACCAUGCGGUGGUUCGACGGAAACUGCAGGAGAAGAUUCGACAAGCGCACAAACUGUACCAAGCCUUUCCUCUCAAGCUUAAAUCGAAUCUUACACAAUCUUACCCAAGGCUAGAAGACGAUUUUAAGGAAAAACAGAAUUCGCUUAAAAAUGGGGAAUGCUGGAUUCUAGUUGCAGGGGAAGUCGGGGCGGGAAAAUCGAGCCUCAUCAACCUGAUACUCGACAGUCAGUUGCUGCCCACGGAUGCCCUCAAAUGCACCAACACCAUUAUAGAGAUCCGCUGUAGCGAUGAGAAACGGGCAAGGUGUAUCUACAAGCCAGAGCUGUCCGAUAGCGAAAACAGAACAAGGAAAAGACCUCCGAAAGAAAUCAAAUUAAAGGAUCUCAAGGGUAUACAGGAGUUUAAAGAUAGCGUAGUUGAAUGUGAUGAAAAUGAUGAUAAUCCAUUCGAAAGAGUGGAGCUCUACUAUCCAUUCAAAACCCUCAGUAAAGAAGUUGUGAUCGUGGACACGCCCGGUAUCGAGGGAGGGAACAAUGUUGACCAAAGUCUAGAGGUUUACCUGAAAAAAUCCUUUGGCUUCCUCUAUGUCAUUAACACAAACGCAGCCGGAGGGGUUCAGCAAGGCAGGCUGGGUCACUUACUUAAGACGGUUGUCAAUUGCUCCGAGGACUUCAGCCCCGAAGCCUCUCUCUUUAUUGGGAACAAGUGGGAGAACGUACCCGACAAAGACAAGGGGGAUGUCCAACGUGAGGUAUUCGAGAAAUUGUCGCGGGUCUACCCAGGUGUUAGAGAACAUCAAAUACACUACAUGUCGGUAAACAAGGCUCGGGAAUUCUACCUUAACCACAAAGAUCAGAUAAAGGACCACACGAUGUUACAACAGAAGAUGGGACAACUCAUACCAAGUUCACUCCGACAGGGACUGAUCAACCACUACUGGUGGCUAUCCGGGUUCCUCACGCGGUCGAAUUACGUUCUUCGAGUGACGAGUGUCCAGCAUGAGAUGACCGAGGAAGAAACCAGACAGCGAUACAUGGAAAUGAAGAAACACGUAGAAGAACUCCAGAGGAACAGUGACGAUUGCGUCGGGAACCUGCGCAAGAAGGUGGAUUUCGAAAUCUUCAAGAUAACCGGGCAUAUCAAAGACCUGCUGCAGCGUAGGGAUCUUCAAGACAGAUUGUGUAACUGGGAAGAUCCGCGUGGUUGUCCAAAGAGUGACCGGAAAUGGAAGAGAACUGCUGACGAUGCUGCCAUGAUAAUAUCAGAACGUAUUGCCAUGGUGAUAGAUAGCUGGCAAAGAGAACACUCGGUUCUCAGCAAGAUCGAUAAAGAGAUUAUUGAUGUUUUCUCAAAGGAAUUUGGUCUCCUUCAGCACCAAGUAGACGACAUUGAAAAAUUCCUUGCCGACAGCAAGGGCAAAGCCAUGAUGCUAAAGACAGUCAAACUGAUGCCGGUGAAAGGAAUAUUUGCCAAGAAAAAGGGAAAGGUAGAACGCACAUACAGCACAAUGGGAGGAGCUGUCAGCUGUAUUGGUAUGCUUGACACUGGCAAGAAGAAUGUCCGAAAACUGUUCAAGGAUAGGUACACCGAUAAAGUGUCGCAGAACCAACGGGCAGCAGUCAUGGCAGAGGCCACAACGCUGUAUAUAAAAAGCAUUCUUGAACACAAGGACAUGAACUCAAAACUCCGCAAAUACUUCGAUAGGUUCUUUAAAGAUAUUGACGAGGCUGCAAAACGAAUACCAGAAUUCCUGAAGGCUGACCAACAGUUGAUUGAGACACUACGGAACAGCAUGACAGAGAUCGAACAGCUGAAGGAAAAGCUGCCAUCCCUCUGCAACGACUGUGCUGACAUGCAUGGCGAGUUGGAUAUCUUCUACAUCAACAACAUCAUGAAGUUUGACUACGAUAUAUCUGAGUUCGACUGGCAUGGAAAGCAACCAUUGGGAAGCGGAAGCUUUGCAGAUGUGUUCCGUUCGGAGAUAGUCAAAAAAGGCCGACCAGUGGCUUUGAAGGUCGCGAAUGAAGCUGUAAGUCGGAAGAAUGUAACAGAUAUCCUCACAGAGGAUCGAACGAUGAGGGAUCUUCGUCAUCCGAACGUGGUACGAUACUACGGCGCUACCUUUCGCAAGGAUCCCGACAAAGGUCUGAUCUGGAUCAUGGUGAUGGAGCUGUGUAAGGACACCUUGAAAGGAUAUUACACGGAAAACAUCAACCGAGAGCGAUGGGUUCCCGGGAUGAUCCCGAAAGAUCACCCACGCCGAGGAGAGGCUUUCCGAAGCAUGAUGGCUCAUGCACUAGAUCUCGCCAAGGGAUUAGAAUACACACAUGAGAAGGGAUACACACAUAGAGAUUUAAAGCUCGAAAAUGUUCUGAUUGCAAAGGAAGGUACUGCAAAGAUCACCGACGUUGGUGUUGCCAAACCAACCAAGAUUCUCGUGCGCACGUGUGAAGGUUCGCCAGCCUAUAUGGCACCAGAGGUGUUACUUGGCAGCCAGAAUCACACAAACAAGAUUGACAUCUACAGCCUGUCCUUCAUCUACUGGGAGAUGUGGUUUGGGCAAGAGAUUACAGCAGAUAUGAACAGGGAAAUAUUGGGGCGAGACUUCUACGGUGAUGCCAUGGAAGCGCUGAAGAAAAGGCAGGGAAACUCAAAAGGGGGGUGGCGUCCGAGUUUCAGUAAAGCUAAUAAGCCUCAGGACGAAAUCGUGGAGCUUCUUAAGAAGAUGUGGUCAGUUGACCCAAAUGAAAGGCCGUCUGCUAUAGAAGUGCGCAGGUUCAUUGAAGGAUUUUUAAAAAAUAACUAAGCCGAAACACAGCCGAUCUUAUCCCAGGAAAAUGCAAUGUAAGGGAUUAAAGACUAAAGCUAUUGAAUUGUUUUUGUUUUUCAAUAGUUGAUUUACGACAAUAGAGAACAAGCUGUGGACAUGGCCAUGAGGAUAUUGCUGUGAAUUUAAUACGUGAUAUAAUGUAAUUUUUGACAGAGAAACAGUAUCGUGUUUUGAACCAUUUUAUAUACCCAGACAGUCGACAUCAGAUACAAAAUGUACUUUACAACACAAUAUUCACCACAAUGUAUGCAGUAUGUGAAAACAAACUGAGACAAAACUUGGCCUAAAAGGGAGUUGUUAUUGACUGUACAAAUAUAUGUAUGGAUUUCGGUGGCAAGAUUCGACAGUGAUAUACUGAUCGUUUACAUGUGACUUUAGACAAUCUUUGUAUUUUACAAUAUUGGUUGUGUAUACUUAAACAUUUUACGGUCAAGCUGGUCUCGCAAUAUUAUUUUUUUCCAAAAUAACUCGAUGUUCAUACCACGUGGUUAAAAUGCCAUAUGUUAAUUGAAAGAACUUGAUGCGUAUUUCGGACAAUUUCCAGCCGUACAAAAUCGAGUUGCACACUGUUGUGAAAGGCCAUAAAAAGUAAAUGAAAUAAGACUGGAUAUAUAUUAUAUUUUAAUAGAAUUAAAACACAUUUGGCUGGCUCAAUUUCACGAUUUAAAUUAUGGAUAGUUUUUAGAAGAGAUGUGCCAAAUGUGAUAUUAUUUUACUUGUCCAUCUCUUUCCCUUGAGCAAGCAAAACGCUAUCCAUGGGCGUUUUCGUGUACCAAUCGACAACACUGUUCUGUUUUUGUAGCACUGUCCGCCCUUUUUUAGAAAGAAUAAUACUUGGGUGAAAACGCAACUGUCCGAUUUAAGAUGUCCGAACUAUCCAUCAACAUAAUGUUUACAUACGAAGUGGAUAUCACGUGGUAUGUAAACUGUCAACAUCCACUAUUUAUCUCUGUGACAAUAUGUUUAUACGAUCAUGUUUUGUGCAAACUUUUAAAUUUAGUCAAGGAAAAGUCCAUGUUGUUAUAGUUUUUAUAAAUGAAUUAUUUAUUGUGAAAUAUCGUUUUGAGAUUUGUAAAUAAAAUUAUAGACGCAUAUAUAUGUAUUCAUAAAAUGCUCAUCUGUGUUGCUCUGUACAUUAAAAUUGUUCCUGUAAUAAUUUCUAUGAAAUCAGUGUUCUAUAUAAAAGGUUUUUAUACCAUAUUGUGCAUUUGAUCGUUAUUUGCUUCAGCAAUCAAUCCAUUUUCGUUGAUUGUUUUGUAUGUUGAUUCCAUAUUCAGACAUGUCUAUUUCACGAGUGUGCAUCCUUUGAAUUUCAAAUAUGUGCAUCAUUUGAAUUUUAAAGCUGCACUCUCACAGACUGAACGUUUUGACAACUUUUUUUUAUUUUUUGUCUUGGAACAAGUCAAUCUUUGCGAAAAUCCAUAGAAACCAGUUAUAUAAGACUGCUGACAAAAAAAAUCAGAUUUUUAUAUUUUAGUACAAAAAUGAUGUUUUAUGCAUUUUUCUUAAACCGUUAGUAACGGUUUAAGCCAUAAUACAUUAAUUUUCGAACGGAAAUAUGAAAAACCAAGAUCUGAUUUUUUGUCAGCAGUCUUAUAUCAUUGGUUUGCAGAUAUGAACGCAAUAAUUUGCUCUUUCUAAUAAUUUUUUUAAAAAAGAUGUUAAGAUGGUCAAUCUGUGAGAGUGCAGCUUUAAGUGUGUGCAUCAAUUAAAUUUUAAGUGUGUUCAUCAUUUAAAUUUUAAGUGUGUGCAUCAUUUAAAUUUUAAGAGUGUGGAUCAUUUUAUUCCUCAUUGAAACUGUGUGCAUCAUUUACAACACAAAAAAGAAUAUGCAGUUUUUUCCUAACAUUGAUUGAAAUCUCGCUCACCUGUCAACUAUAAUACAAUGUACAAACACAUUUAAGUAUUAGAAUAAAUCUGAAUAACCUAAU